UGACGCAAUAUCAGCAGCCAAUCAGAUGAAGCCAAUUAAACGAACCAUGCUAGGUGCUAGCGCGAGAACCUGUGACUGACAAAAUAGAAACGACAAAGUUGAGAAAACUACGCGACCUGACAAAAUAUCUGUAGAUAUUGAUAUAUUUAUAUAGCCGUGUUAGGUUUUAGCACCUAACGUUAAACAGGGUUGUGAAAAGAAAACACAUUUUUCCGCUUUCUUGUUGUUAGCUCAGGUAAAGUGUCAACAAGCUCGAAGUUUUUACUUAAACCUUCAGUAAAGCUCCUUAAACUAUAAUACAUUUUUAUUCCGUGUCUAGUCAUGUCCGCACCUGAAUAUAACUUGCUGUGUAAUUUCCCCAAUUGCCGAGCAAAGCUGAGUGGGUUUGCGUGGACCACUGCCUGCUCUCAUAUAUUUUGUGAUCAGCACGGUGCGGACGAGUUCAGUCGCACACCUGCUAUCUGCCCGGCAUGUUCCUCAAUGCUCCCUGGGAAACUUGACGUGCUGAGAACCGAGCUGACCCCGUCAGAAAAGUACAAGUCCAUGGCUUUGGUCGGACUAAAGCCUGAAACCAUUUUGGAUAUUAGUCAUAAAGCUCUGGAGUUCUGGACCUAUCAGAUAAACCAAGAGAGGUUGCUCAUGGAGUUAAAUUUGUCCAGAGCUGGGGCGCAGGUGGUUCAGAUGGAGAAGUUUCUGACCCAGCAGAACCAAAGCAGAGAACAUGAAUUUAAUGCAUUAAAAGGCGAAAUUGCAUCACUUAAAAAGGUGCUGGAGGAAUAUAAGCGAAAGUACAGUGAGGUUUUGGAACGUUUAAAUGAACGAAACCGACAAUACCAGAAGCUGCAGGGACUUUUCCAGUCACUGCAGAUGCAUACUCUGGGGAAAGCUGAGAUAGACACCAUGCCCCACCCUUUUACUACAGGGAUGGUGAAACAACGCUCUCCCCACAGCAGCCCUUCUUUUCUGGGACAAGAGGGUAACAGGUUCUUCUCACAGGGACCAGAAAAUGCAAAAACCUUCUUCCAGUUCGCUUCACCAGUCAGGGAGAGAUCCCAUUUUUUUCUCAAGAAAAACUGACUUGUUUACAUUUAGUUUAAGGCUGACUGUUUAACUGUGGUGUUUUUUUCCCAUUUAUGAUUUUUGAGAUAUAGUUGUUUAAGUUAAGUACUUUGUCAAAUAUGUAUAUAACUAAAGCUAUAUACAAGUUAAAUAGUGUUUGUAAAAGGUAAAGUCUUGUGGCCUAAGGCAUGUAUUAAUAACCCAAUUAAAAUAUGUGACAAGCCUGUGUAAAA